AUGCUGGUUUUUAAUGCGCAAUAUAUCUGCGCUAAUGAACAUGUGAUUGUUCAUACGCAGUACGGCGAUGUAUUAGGUUAUCAGACUGAUUUGGCUCGUGUCUUCUACGGUAUUCCAUUUGCUCAACCACCUAUUGGAACAUUGAGGUGGCAGUCUCCAGUACCCAUCACUAAAUGGGAUCCCAAAGUGAUUAACGCCACACAACCGCCCCCUGCUUGUUCUCAACCAGCAAGUGUGAUAACUACCAUUCUCACUCCAAGUAUUAUGUCUGAAGAUUGUCUGUAUUUGAACAUAUUCACACCGUUGUCUAGUGAUUCACCACAUACGAGUCUUCUACCAGUAAUGAUCUUUAUUCACGGCGGUGACUUCCAGUUUGGCUGGGGAUCACAAUCGAUCUUCGCAUCUGAACGUUUAGUUAAUACAACUAAUGUAAUCGUUGCACUAAUUCAAUAUCGAAUAGGUGUACUUGGCUUUUUGGCAACUGGAAAUGGUCCCAAUGAUAUCAAAGGUAACUAUGGCAUACUCGAUCAACGUUUGGCUAUUGCAUGGAUUAAAGCCAAUAUUGAUGCAUUCGGAGGAGAUCCAACUGAGAUUACAUUAUUUGGUCAAAGUGCUGGUGCUCAGUCUAUUGCUCUGCAUUAUGUUACGAGUGAGAUGCAGUCAUUCUUUCAGCGAGCAAUUAUUCAAAGUGCACCAAUGACAAUUCCAUUCAGAACAUACCUUGAAUAUGUCACACCCACUGUUCUCCUUGCUGAACAAUUGCAUUGUGCUACUGACGAUGUAGCAUGUUUUCGAAAUCGUUCUACCGACGAAAUCAUUGCUGCUCAAACUGCCGUGAAUAGCAUGUUGACUUCACUGAAUGUUCUGUUCUUUUUCGAACCAUGGUUACCCGUUAUUGACAAUGUGAUUGUUCAUGGUCAACUUCUAGAUACCGUGUACAAUACGUCAUUUCCUUUGAAACCUUUGAUUAUUGGUACAGUCACUGAAGAAUGUCGAGAUUUUAUUUAUGGAACAUGGAAAAAACCAAUAUCGCCUAGUGAAUAUAUUGGUAUAGCCUUGGUCAUCUUUCAGGAAAAGGCAUUCAAAAUUCUCAAAAAAUAUCCGCCGGUCGGUUCUGGUGACCAACGAUCACUUCUAUCUCGUGCUGCUACACAAUGGGUGUUUGCUUGCUCGACUAGAGUCUUUGCUCGAAAAGGUGCAACAUAUUCCUAUGUCUUUGGUUAUCCAUUCGAUACGGAAAAUUUGAGAAAUCGGAUAGAAUGCAGUGAUCAUGCGUGUCAUGCUGAUGAAAUACCCUUUCUUUUUGAAUCAUCUUGGGCAAAUUUUAGUGAUGCCGGUCGACGUAUAUCUCAAAGUAUGGCUACCUAUUGGACAAAUUUUGGCAAGAGUCAAGAUCCUAAUGAACCAUUGAGAGUUCCACUACCAUGGCCAAGAGUAACAAGUGAAAAUGAGAAAUACAUGUACAUUCAAGAUCCACUUCAAAUAGGAGAGAAUUAUUUGAAGAGUGAUUGCGACUUUUGGGAUGAGAUUGGUUAUAAACAUAAUUUCUUUGAAUAA